UGUCAAAUUAUCCUAUCGACUCGCUUGCCGCGUCAUUUAGAAAUUAGUUUUAUGAAUGAAUUGCGCCCUUUUUGUGUUUAAAUUGGCGAUAGUUUUGAUACAAUGAGUAGAAAGGCCGAUCCGGAUAGAUUCAAUGUCACAAAAGAUGCCCUGCUUCCUGGGUUGUUCUUCGCUCUACUUGUGCGGUGGUGUGUCGCGGCGUAUCCGUACUCUGGGCAAAAGAAACCGCCGAUGUUUGGGGAUUAUGAAGCGCAGCGGCACUGGCAAGAGAUAACCGUUCACAUGCAGAUUAAAAAUUGGUACUAUAACACCACGCAAAACGACCUCCAAUACUGGGGAUUGGACUACCCGCCCCUCACGGCGUACCACAGCCUCCUGAUGGGUCUGGUGGCGGAUUGGCUGGACCCAGAAUCAGUGAGACUAUUUGCCUCAAGAGGUUAUGAAAGUGACACUCAUAAGACAUUCAUGAGAUGGACAGUUUUUCUCAGUGAUAUAUAUUUCUAUGUGACUGCUGUACUGUGUAUCUGCAUAGAUGCUGAAAGAGUGAAGCCUAAGGACCAAAAAAAUGUGUUUAAACGCAUGGACAUUGCGAGCAUACUGUUUCUAUUGUAUCCAGGUUUAAUUCUUAUUGAUCAUGGUCACUUCCAAUACAACUGUGUAUCAUUAGGUCUGUUCUUAUGGGCUGCAUUCUUUAUAGUUGCCAUAGAGAAUGAUGUGUUAGCAACAAUUUUUUUUGUUCUCGCUUUGAACUAUAAACAGAUGGAGUUGUAUCAUGCACUGCCGUUUUUCUGCUAUUUAUUACGUAAAUGCUUUAUUGGUUUACCACCCAAAGGGAAGAUUAAGCAUAUUGUGAGUAAUUUCAACAAGCUUGCCAUAGCGGUGAUAUCAUGUUUUAUUUUAAUUUGGUAUCCUUUUACGGGAUCUUGGAAUGAUAUAUUGCAAGUCAUACAUAGAGUAUUUCCCUUAAAGAGAGGUGUUUUCGAAGACAAAGUUUCCAAUGUGUGGUGUUUCAUAAAUGUGUUUGUUAAGCUAAAAACAGUUUACACAAACGAGGACAUGGCACAGAUGUGUCUGGUUGCAACAGCGGCAGCAGUGUUGCCCUCUUGUUUAGAUUUAUUCUUCAGGAUUAACAAGAAGAAAUUUGUUCUUUCCCUCAUCAAUGUGUCGCUCGCAUUCUUCUUGUUUUCCUUCCAAGUACAUGAGAAAAGCAUAUUGUUAGUGGCUGUGCCUGUAGCGAUGCACUUUCCCGAAGAUCCGUUUAUGUGUUUUUGGUUUCUACUCAUGUCCAACUUCAGUAUGCUGCCUCUUCUCUUGAGAGAUGGUUUAUUGAUCCCUUUUAUAGCAACAAAUGUUAUCUACAUAUGUUUCUACAGCAUAUCAAUCAAGUUAGCGCAGCCAAGUGCAGGUUUCUUCUCUUUUUUCAAUGCGAACCGUGUGUUCAAGACUGUGCACACUACAAAAAAUGAGAACUCAGUUUUGGUCAAUCUGCUGAGUGUUAAUUUCUUUUUUUCCGUCUUCGGCAUGUUCUGGUUGUUGGUGGCAUCAUUGUUUAUAGUUCCACCACCUUCAUACCCGGACUUGUUCCCUUUGAUGAUAUCAGUGUAUUGUUGUUCGCAUUUCUUGCUGUUCUUCAUAUACUUUAAUCAUCAGCAGUUUUCUAUACCUGUCAGUUUGCCAGCUGUAACCAAAGUGAAAACAAAGUAAUGAUAAAUGUUAAUUAAGUAAUAAUAAAUUUUAAAUACAUAAUAAUAAACUGCAUUUUAAAUUGCA